AUGACCAACUCCUGCUGUUCCCCUUGCUGCCAGCCCACCUGCUGCAGGACCACCUGCUGCAGGACCACCUGCUGGAGACCCAGCUGUGUGAGCAGCUGCUGCCAGCCUUGCUGCCAGCCCAGCUGCUGUGGCUCCAGCUGCUGCCAGCCUUGCUGCCAGCCCACCUGCUGUAGAACCUGCUUCCAGCCAAGCUGUGUGAGCAGCUGCUGCCGCACACCCUGCUGCCAGCCCUGCUGCUGUGUGUCCAGCUGCUGCCAGCCUUGCUGCCAGCCCAGCUGCUGCCAGCCCAGCUGCUGUGAGUCCAGCUGCUGCCAGCCCAGGUGCUGUAUCUCCAGCUGCUGCCAGCCGUGCUGCCGGCCCAGCUGCUGCAGGCCCUGCCUCAAGCCCUGCUGUGAGCCCUUCUGCCUCAACCUGUGCUGCCAGCCAGCUUGCUCUGGACCUGUGACCUGCACCAGGACUUGCUACCAGCCCACAUGUGUCUGUGUGCCUGGCUGCCUGUCCCAAGGCUGUGGGUCCAGCUGCUGUGAGCCCUGCAGCUGUUGA